AUGUCGCUACCUCCCGAUAGGCCUUCAAGCACUUCCAAGGGAAGACAGAAGGAAGAAUCUCCUCAACCAACGGAUAUUGCUGAGAAACUUAUUGCCUUUAGAAGACGGACAGCCGUUGCAACUCGUCCGAAAGACAAGUCAGAAAGGACUCCGAUAGCUACAAUAGUUGCUAGUGAUAAAAGGCCAUCUGCUUCAUCUGGCUCUCGGUCACCGAAGAAGCUACAUGCUCCACCAGCUAUGGUCAACAAGUCCCCUCCAGAUACGACUGCCGAUGAAUUUUCUAGGAAACUCCAGAUAUCUUCCUCCUCUUCCCCUUCACGUCUAAUGCCUGCGGGGCCAAGGCAGAACCAGGCUUCGAAACUCUACAAUCCUGAUCGAGAUCCAAUACCCACUAUGCGGCGCACAGCUGAACCCGACACCAUGUCAGAUACUGACAGCUCACAUGCUCCGCGAUAUAAACGUAGUCCCAGUGUAACCCGCGAACGUGAACGUGAUGCUCCUGCUCGUCAGUUAUUCGACCACAGGAAAGAUGAUCCUGUGAGGUUCGCUGUGUUCGCUCGGCCGCAGCGUCCUGUCCCUACACCCAAAUCUUCUGGAGAAUAUAUUUCUGCCGCGUCCUCCAUUUCUUCUUCAUUCACACUUUCUUCCGCCACUGACGAUUCGUCUGCAUCAUCUGCUAUAUUUGAUCAAAGUCGGCCUAAUGCAAGAAGUGAAGACAGUGCUACCAACGCAUUCUCUAAUCAACUCAAACGGCUCUAUCGAAACAUCACGAGUCUUGAGAACAGAAUCAAGGACGAGGAUGUGGAAUCCGAAGACGAUAGCCGCUACACUAACAGAAUUUUGAGUAAGGAGAAGGAUCGGACUCAGGAAAAUGAAGAGGCAGAAAAAUGGAGUAAACGGAUAGAAGAUCAUAAGCGACUUGUGGAAUAUAUUCACAACAUGCUGCAAAUUUCACUAUCGCCUUCUGUCCCCGACUCUUUGCGCACUAUUCCAACGAAGUAUAACAUCAUAAUGCGAUUAUGGGUGACUGGUUUCAAUAAACUCCUUCAAUCACUCCAACGUGCCUGUCUUGAGUCCCCGCUUGCCAUGGAAUACUUACAAGAAUUCAUCAUGUACGCCUACACCUUCUACACUGGAUUAUACGAAGAACAUCCUUUGAUUGGUUUUCGCUCGAACUGGUUGGAGGCCCUGGGAGACCUCGCCCGGUAUCGUAUGGCAGUCGCAGCAAUCGCAAGCAGCACUGUCGACGGACCUGCACUUACUGCUGCGAACGUUCUAGAGGCUGCCGCGGAUGGUAUAGGCACGGAACAACGCGUUGAAGCCCAAACGAAGGCCGUCAGUGAUGUUCCUGCUGCGAGGAUCGAUGACUCUCCCUCACCAAGUGUGGGUGUUGCUGCGGCAAGAGCAUUGGAACUUUUACCCGAGAAGGAUCAAUGGAGGGCAAUUGCACAGGAAUGGUAUGGCAUUGGGAUCAUGGACCAGCCUGGAACGGGCAAGCUCCAUCACCAUUUAGGUUUUUUAUACCGAGAAGUAGAAGGGGAGGAAUUGCGGGCUAUAUAUCAUUUUGUCAAAAGUUUGGUAUCCCUCCAUCCAUUCCUGACUUCUCGAGAAAACGUUUUACACGUCUGGUCUCCUGAUGCACAAGCUCGCCGCCAGCUUCCGGAUGCACGCGCUACUGAACUGUUCGUCCUUCUACAUGGGAUGUUAUUCACCAACAUUCAGCUUGAUGACUUCGAACCUACCUUUUCGCGAUUUAUGGAACGUCUUGAGUUGGAAGUUCCAGAAGAACGGGAGUGGAUCAUGAUGGCGAUUGUCAACAUUGGCUCGCUAUUUGAGUACGGAAAGACGAAUGGGGUUUUGAAAAGAGCAGGUGCUUUAGGGUCUUCCUCGUCCGCCCCAAUAAUUUCGCGCAUCGCCAAGAAAGAGGCUCAACGCGACGAUGACAAGAUGGAUGUGGACGAUGAGACCAAGCCCCGACCUGACGCAUCUCCUUGUAUAUCAGAACUUGAUACCACUCCGGAUGACUUGCCAAGAGCAUUCAAGCUGGCGAUGGAAGUUACUUUCACCAUGUUAAGAUUUGUUCUCCAACAUCCAUCCCGCAGGCCUUCUCCUUUCUCCGAAUCCAGGAUCAACCCAUAUUUAACUGUGCUUCUCACAUUCCUUUCUAUCAUGCUCAAACAUCAAAAGACAAAGGAGAUCCUUGAACGUAGCCUUCCUUGGGACGAAUUUGCUGCUAUGCUUGCACUCGUUCCCAGAAACGUGAUGAUGUCCGAAGGUCUAUCGCCGUUGAACAACAGUCGGGAACGAUGGGCCAUGCUCGCAGCCAACACUGCACCUCCGUUGCCAGAGGAUUGGUGUUUGCGUGGUAUGGAGUGGGUAGGUCGCAAAAUAUUUCCUUACGGCUAUUGGAAGGGAUUCGAGGACCGUAAGGUCGAGAUCGAGAUUCUUAGUGAAGCCGAACGCGUUGAUAUUACCGACGGACAUAUCGAGGAUGAUGACGAACAUACAGAGUCCAUUGCCAAGACAGAAACAAAGAAGCGUUGGGUCCGGAUUGUGCGAUGUGCCAUCGGCAUUGCGGAUGUUGUUGAUGGUUUCAAUUGGGUAGAAGGUACUAGGGAGUGGAAGGUCGAAGGUGUGCUUUCUGCAAAAGUCGAACAGUGGAAAGAAGAGGACCGACUGCAAAAAGAGUCAGAAGAACUGAGAAGAAUGGGCAAUAGCUGGGCUGAUGACUCAAUGGACGUCGACGAGGACAAUGUCGAAAGCUUUUCAGACGGGAGUGAGGAAGACGAUGAAAAUGAUAGCGAGGAAAUCAGGGCCCUCAAGGAACGUCGCCGACAUCUCCGUAGUUUGCUACAGUCGGAAGUGGCGCCUCGCCGCCUUCCCCGCUCUUCCAGGAAAGAGCAAUCUGCACACCCUCGUUUACCCAUUGUGGCUGGGUACACGGUUCUAGUCAUUGAUACCAAUAUUCUCCUUUCAUCCCUUCCGAUGGUCGCUUCUCUGGUGGAAAGCAAUCGCUGGACACUCAUCAUUCCUCUUCCAGUGGUCAUGGAACUGGACGGACUCAAGUCCAAUUCCUCAAUUCAACUCAGCGAAGCCGCAAGAACGGCAAUAGACUAUAUCACGUCUCACGUUCGUACACAUUCAUUAUCUCUCAAAAUACAAACUUCGAAGGGAAAUUAUCUCUCCAACAUUAACUUUCGGAUUGAGGAAGUUGAUUGCAACAUGGACGAUCUCAUCCUAAAGGCUGCUAUAUGGCAUGAGGAACAUUGGUCAGAUCGCUCAGCUUUGUUACAGGCAGAAUCCCCUCGCCCUGGUAUAAAUCCUGUAAAGGUCGUCCUCAUUAGUCUGGAUCGCAAUCUCCGACUCAAAGCUCGUUCCCGACAGCUACCGGCUGCUAGUGAAAAAGACAUCGCCUCCUUGUUCGCAAUGGGAACCUACAGUGACGGCCAUUUCUCAUGA